GAAAAAAGAACCAAGAUGGCGGAUGCUCCGAUAAAUUCUAAAGAUAUAUCAGCUAUAUUCAAGCGUCUGACACAUUUACGAGAGAAUAAGACGUGUUUCGACUGUGGUCACAACAAUCCGACGUGGGCUUCUAUCACUUAUGGAGUUUUUCUCUGCAUUGAUUGCUCUGCUGUACAUCGAUCUCUAGGUGUUCAUCUGUCCUUUAUACGAUCUACUCAGUUAGAUACAAACUGGACAUGGCUUCAACUAAGAGCCAUGCAAGUUGGAGGCAACGCUAAAGCAACUGCUUUUUUUAAACAACACAGRGUGAACACUGAAGAUACAACUGCAAAGUAUAAAAGCCGUGUAGCUUUAUUAUACAGAGAAAAGAUAGCGUCAUUAGCAAAUAAAGCUCAAAAUAUGUAUGGAACUCAGCUCUUUCUUGAUACUCCCAGUCAUGGKCCAGUAACACCUAACACACCAGAGAAAGACAAAGAUUUCUUUUCUGAAAUGGAAAACACUGCACUYCCUGUGGCAAUUGAGAUACCUAAAAAUGGAAGUGGAAGAAAUACCCCCACUGACAAAAGUAAUGGUGUUAACAAAACUAUGGAUCUUGAUGUAAAUGCUCUCAGUAUAUCACCACCCAAGAAACAAGAGGCCAGAGUAUCCACAAUUGGUUCAAGAAAACCUGCAGCAAACAAGAAGAAAGGACUUGGUGCAAAGAAAGGUCUAGGAGCCACCAAGGUGAAGGCAGACUUCAAUGACAUUGAAUCAAAGGCACAAGAAUUUGACAAAAACAAAGAGAAAGUUYCUGAGCAGAAAUCAUUGGAAGCAGAAKAGGAAUUCUUUUCACCAAACCUUUCUUACAAACCUGUUGACAUCAAGAAAGAAGAGGAGAAAAUGAAACACACAGAUCCUAAAAAAGCAACACAGCUUGAAAGACUUGGUAUGGGGCUUGGUCCCAGGAAUGUCACUAAAGCCCAGGCUACUGGACGAAGCCAUUCUGCUGCUGCAAGCAUGGCAACUGUUGAACAAGUAAGACCAGAUAGAGACUCGAGGAUGUCAAGCAGGGACAAGUAUGGCAUGUCAUCUCAAACUGGAUUCUUUGACAGUUAUUUGGAUGAACCUAACUUUACAGAGCCUCCACCAAGUUACAGCCCUUUCAGCAGUAACAAUGACAACUCUUGGGAUGUCAUAAGCAGAGAUGAAAUGAAGUCUAGUUCAUCUUARUCAUGGAAAAGUGCAGGAGAAGAAAGGUCAAGGUCUAAACGAGAUACUGAACCUGCCCCAGCUUCAGAUGAGUCAUUGAAGAAAUUUGGCAAUGCCAAGUCCAUUUCAUCUUCACAAUUAUUUGGAGAAAGAGAUGAUGAGACWUAUGGAGCCAAGGCAAGAUUGGACAGAAUGACUGGCUCKUCUAGUAUUUCCAGUGCAGAUCUUUUUGAAGAUGAGAGAUCACGAGGGCGCACAGGCUCUACAAAUUAUUCUAAUAUUAAAGAUGAAGUUGCAAGAGUAACAGGAAGGCUAUCAAGUAUGGCAUCAGAUAUGAUAGGAUCUAUACAGAACCGAUACAGUGGAUCAAGUUAAAUUUAAUUCAAGAUUAUUCUGUAUUAUUCAUACGUAGUUAGGAAUGGGACAGUCUAUGAACAAUAAUAAUAGACUUUGUUAAAUAAAGUUUUAACUAACAUAUAUAGUUCAUAAGAAAUCUUGUAUCAAAAGUAUCAAUAACUUGCAGUUACAAAGGARGCCAUGAAUGUCUGUUCAGACUUACUAAGUAGUGCAACAUAGCUUUUUACAAAGGUCCUAAUUUGAAUAAGGUUUAACGCUGUAAAGUGCACUAGACAGUUCUUGGCGGGAGGUACAUGUAUUUGUGAUGCUGCUAAGUUAAUUUUAAAAUUGCAGUAAGCCUAAUUUMUAGCACAUAACUGAACAAGCAUUGGGCAAAAUAUUGAAUUGAAGGACAAACAAAGAAUUGAGGCCAAACAAAAUCCAUUUUUGUGCACAUUARAUAAAUUUUAAAACUUUAUUCAAUGAAAUUUGCUGUCWGAAUUAUGUUCAUGGCUUGGACAAGAGAAAAUAAUUAUUACUAUUCAUUCUUCCUGGAAAUCUAUUUUUAUUCUGAACUAUAAGCCAAAUCAAUGCUCUUACACUAAAUACUUUGUGUGUUUUUAAGUGUUCCUAGAAUGAUUUUCKCCCUGAAAAAACUAGAGUUGCUUGCAAGUUGGCAAGAAGUUUAUAUCACUCACAUUCUACCUAAAGGUCUAGAGGAUUCCACUGCCUGAUCCAGUACUAGUUCUCUAAUUUGCAUCAUAAUUGGAUUUGUUUUACGAUGCAAAUUUUGAACUGUGCUGGAUGCUCCAGUGGAUUCCAUUUCCAAUAGCCAAUUUGCAUUAUGGCGUCAUUUACUACAACAACCAGAAUUCUUUGCCAACUUUCUUUUUGUAAUGCAAUUAGUUCCAAUUGUUUUAUUAAUCUCCAAGGGGAUUAAAAAUCUGAAUAACAAUGAAAAUGUGCAAGGCUCUCUGGUAGGUGUAGUAAAGUUAUGCCAUAAUGCAAAUGGGCUAUUAUAAGGAAGAAAUCCUUAAAAUAUUGCUAACUGGAAAGUAGUCAUUUGUUUUAAAUGAAGUUUAUGCCUAAAAGAAUUAACUACGUAAAAUAGUAUAGUUAUGUAAACCCAUGUUUGUUGACAGGAAAAAUAUUAGUUUUAUUAGAUUUUAGAAAAAAUAACUGGCAGAUUUUACAGUGUUAUUAGUAAUGUAACCAUGAAACAGCUCCAUUGCUCCAGUCACCAAAUCGCUCUUGGACUCCCUGGAGUAAAAAAGUUGAUUUUCAUUUGUGAGACUUGUUACUCACUACUCAAUGUAAAAGGCAGAAUCAUAUCACAUUUAAUGGUUGGAUGGUCCAUAUACAGUACUGCAAGUCACAAGUGCCAAAUCAGAUCACGUUAGUCUGCACCAUUAGUUAUGUUGAUUAAUUUCAUGGGUUCAUUACUUAUCACUAGAUUAAAGAAACAAAUUUGGAUGCUUUAGAUAGAAGUUGARCUAAAUGAAUUAAUUGUUAAUAAUGUGAAUUAAAGAUAAAUUUCAUGCCAGAU